AUGCAGAAUGGUGGAGGACAUGGAUAUGCUGCCGGAAGUGCUGCGAGGCCGCAGACAAACGGCUUCCCUCCAGACGCUCGCCCCCAUGAGAGCAGGCUGCGGGUCCCGACUGUUGCUGAAGCUCUCCCAUUUUCGCCUUUCAGCUCCAUCGUCCCUUUCAAUCCUGAGUUGGAGCGGUUGACUGCUGGAGCCACGAGCGCAGAACAAGCGUCUAAGCGAUGUGAGACUACGCUCAAUGAUAUUCAGAAACUUCUGCUCGCUGAGAACUUGACCAACUACAAGUUCAGGGAGACGAAGCGGCCAAAGACGAAAGACGCAACAGAUCAGCCACCACAACAGCCGAAGUUAAGCUCUUUUGCGAAGAUGGUCUUUGAUGGCGUCAAGGAGCCGCAUCGGUAUCUGACUCCGCCAGAGGAGCCAGGCUCUUCGCAAGCCAAGUCAGCGGCGCCGAACGGACGAGUACAGCAGCCAGCAGGACCACAGUCUUCCGCUGCCAAUUUACCAGCGCCUGUACCCACACAAACGCCAAAGGUCGUCCCAAAACCGCAGACUUCAACCCAUUCGCAGCAAAAGCCGCGGUCUGCGGCCGCAGAGCAGCCAUCGAAAGGAACGCCGCACCCACAAAAGCCAUCUCCUGCGCAACAACCACACACUGCAUCAAUUCAGCAGCGGGCAAAGGGCACCCCGCAACAACGGGUUUCGCAGCAGAACCUUGAGAUGCCCAUUUCCAAGCAGAUCAGUUCUCAGGAAGUACAAGGCACGCCAGGUGGAUCUCAAAAGGCAAAACUCUACGUACAACCCACCGCUCUCACGCCUUCACAACGCGCCGCUUUUCAAAAGGUCAAUGACCUUCUUCCCGAUCCUCGCGACAGCACUCCGUCCCGAGGCCAAAGUGCUUAUCUCACCAAUAAUGCCACACUCGCGAGCUCUGAUCAACGCCGGAAAGCCGAUCAAGCUGUCGAAGCCCUGCAGUCACAACUUGAGGCUAUCUUCGAGGCUGAAGACCAGAUGCAGCCUGACACUUCCGAAGCUGCACCUGUACGUGAGAAUCCAUACUUCAGCACUCACGACACCGACGAGGGGCCGGCACUCAUCCUUCAAGCCGAUGUGCAGGCCUUGCUGAACACUGCUUUUCAGAAAGUUGUGAAUUACAACCGGCUGGACAGCAUCGAAGUCGACCAACUCACGCGCAUCCAGAGAGUCUGCGAGAGGUCCGUAUCUACAUUAGGCUCAGGAUCGCUGUCAAUCGGCGACGACUGGUCUGAAGACGAUGUAAACGAGUGGGUGUUCCGUCUUCAGAAUGCCGAGAAUGGAAUCAUCGCAGCUCGGACGCUGCUGCACAUUAUGACAGGAGGCUCGCACCGUAAGGAAUUGCAAUCCGAGGACUGUCUUCGACUGGUGCUGGAUGCUCUACGUACCGGCUUCGAUACCUGCAUAUUGCCAAUUGUUGAGCUCCGCUCUUCCCUUGGCGAACAAGUCAAGAAUGCACUUGCCAACCCCAGAUUUAAGAUCGCUGUAGAGAAUCGCAGUGCGCUGCAAUCUCUCGUAUCCGCUACUACGAAGACUUUGGCUCUCCUUGGAGAUCUAUUCGCCAAGACGGACGUUGACGAGACUGGCAUCUCCAGCCUGGUGUACAGCUGCAAAAUGCUAAUCUUUGCAUCCAACGCUAUCAACGAGCGCGAUUCCGCGCUUGGCAUUCAGAUUUUUGAGGCCAUGAGAAAAGUUGCGAUGAACGUGAUAUCCAAGAUCUUCACCAAAUACGACGACCAGAGGAGAUUCAUUAUCGAUGAGAUGCUGCUGUCGCUGGAGCGGCUGCCAGCGAACAAGCAGAGUGCUCGUCAAUUUAGGCUUAGCGACGGAAAGCCAAUUCAGCUCAUGUCUGCGCUACUGAUGCGCCUCGUGCAAAGCAGCGCUGUUGUCAGCAAGAAGUCUCUGCGCCAUUCAGAAGAUUCUGGUGACGAUGAGUCUGAUGAGGACUCCGAGGUCGAGGACUCCGAAUCUGAUGACGAUGUGAUCGCAGCCGAGGCUGCAAAGAAGAACAAAGCACGCAAGUCAUCAGCAGCAAAUUGUCCGACUGAUCUGACUGCCCUCUACAAGCCUCUGCAGCAGGAAUCAUCCAGGACAGCCGCGCACAUUGCCAAUAUGCUCCUUCAGCGCGCUAUUGGAAAGGCCAAAUCGAACGCCGACGAUCCAUUUCGUCGGCUGCUCGAUGUCUUUACGGAGGACUUCAUCAACGUUCUGGGCUCGAGCGAUUGGCCUGCGGCAGAAGUGCUGCUACGACAAAUUGUUGCGCGGUUGAUGCAGAUCGCCGACGAUGGCAAGCAGCCGGCGCCAGCACGUACACUUGCCUUGGAGCUUCUGGGCACCGUCGGGUCUGGUAUUAUGGAUGUCCUGAAGGCCACGGCAGACGCUGCUCAAAUGGCAGAUGCGGAAGAUCAUGUUUCGCAAGGUCUGGCAAGCAUUGCGCGCCAGGCAGAGUCUGGCGACUUGGACACCUUUGUAGUCACUUCGUUUGAAGGACCAUAUCGAGUGCUUCUCGAGUAUCUUCAUGCCAGAAAUGUCGAGAGAGACCCGCAACUGUUAUCUGCACGCGGCUAUCAUCUGGUGCAGUGGGCGGAUGCGGUCAUUCACGUGAAGAGCAAGGGAGAAAACCACCUAUCGUCUUCUACCACGGCACUGGAGAAUAAGAUUCGAUGUAUGAUGUUGGACAUCAAUUGGCUCGAAGACCAUUCCUCUUUUGCGCAACCCACUACAGCGCAAGGCAAGCUUGCAGCAAAAAUUGUCACCGCCAACUCAUCUUUGUGCCGUGCGUUACCCAACAUAAUUCAAAGAGUCACUCAGUCAAUGGGAAGUCAGCAGCCGACGGUGAGAAGUCGUGCUCUAAAGAGUGUGACCACCCUGUUGGAGAAAGAUGCCGCCAUCCUCGACCGCAACGAGGCAGUCCUGAGACAGAUUCUGCGAUCCCUCAGCGAUCCGUCCUCUCUCGUAAGAGAUUCUGCUCUGAACCUGAUACAAAAGUGCGUUGCGAUUCGGCCAGCGCUGGAGCUGAAAGUCUACGAGAAGAUAGUAGAGCGGACAACGGACGCGAGCCACCAGGUGCGCAAGAGGGCAAUGGCAUUCUUGAAGCAGGUGUACCUGCAUGUCCAUGACAAUCGAGUUCGCGCAAAGAUCUCGAAUGCAACGAUUUCGAGAAUUCACGAUGUCGAUGAGAGUGUGGUGGAAGCCGCUCGUGCCACCAUCGAGGAAAUAUGGUUUUCUGCAUUCAGAGAACCCGGCAGCGGUCAAGAUCGUUCAGUGGAUUUCCAGCUUCAACUUGCCGGACAAGUUGCCUUGAUCGUACAGACUGUAGAUCUUGGCGAUAAUGUCGCUUCAGUGCUGGAAGCGCUCCUGAAGACCUUGUUGACCAAAUCAAAGCAAGCUAUCCCGAGCGAGCCCUCACAAGAGACGAUAUUACGCACUCUGAUAGUCUUUUCGAAGACUGUGCCAGAGAUCUUCCUUGCCUCGCAGCUGGAGCUCCUUGGGCCAUACUCCAGAAAUUUGCAGACAGAUGACGAGCUCGAAAUGUUCCGUGCCGUGAUCACAAUCUUGAGAUAUACCAUGCCCGAACUGACUGGUCUCAAUGUUGCAUUCCUGAAACAGCUACAAGACGACCUCAUGGGCGCAAUCGUCAAGGUGAGCAAAGCGGAGCUCUCUGUGAUUGCGCCCUGUCUCUGGACCAUUGAUUCGUUAAUCGGCAAUCGGGUGCGCCUCAUCAACUUUAUCAUCUCAGCACUUGUAGGAGUCUGCAGCAUGCAGAGAACUGUGCUUGAGGACGAGAGAAUACCACCUAAAGUCCGCAAGCUGCUGGUCAUCAUUGGCCAAUUUGGCAAGGCUUGUCAGUUCGACGACAAUCUGAACUCCUUCAAAGCUUCUCCUCGGCUGAACUGGUACAAAGGCAAUUCCGUCGCCGGCCUUAUGGCAGAAAUCUGCUGCAAGUUUACCAGCCCCAAGCAUCCGAUGAUAGUUCGAGAGGCUGCUCUGGACGCUAUAUGCGCGAUUAGCCACACCUAUCCAAAGAACUAUCUACGUGCCGACGUAAACAAUGCCAUUGAGAUGGUCUUCGAUGCCAAAGAAGCAGUCUUGGAGGAAGUGCUGAUUUCCAGUUUCGAGACGUUUUUCACGUCCAGCGAGAAGCCUCCGGAUGAUCCAGAUGCCCCAGAAGCUGGAUCAGGAAUCGCAAGCGGAGCUCAGCGUCUUGGCAACACUUAUCAGGCCGAGGGUGCUGACGUUGCUCUGAACUCGUUGUGUCAGCGGUUCAUGCACUCCAUCCUCAGGAUUGCCACUACUUCGCUCGACGAGGCAGCUCUUGGCGCUGCAAGAACGGUGGCCAGCGUCAAUCGGAUGGGGCUGAUGAACCCUAGCGACAGCGCGCCUGGCCUAGUAGCGCUUAUGACCUGUCCUGUGCCAGCCAUAGCCAAGAUCGCCUUUCUGUCCUACAAGCAACAGUUCUUCACGUACAACAGCGUUUUGGAGAAGACGAUGCUGAAGUCGGUGAUAUUGUCCUAUGAAUACCAGCGAAAUGUUGCCAACGACCUUGUGGGCUUCACUGGCCACCCGCCGGUCUCCAAGCUUCACUACUUCUGGGAUGCAGUAAAGACUGUCGGCUUCCAGAAGAACCGUACGAAGUUCUUCGAUCAGCUUUGCGGAUCUUUAACCUUCGAUCCUGCGAAGAUGACAACUGUCGAAGAUUUGCGGCAACACCUGCUCUAUGUGCGCUACAGCGUGGAGAACAUCGCAUUCCUAGACCACGACAAGUUGACAGAGCCGCUGCAUGCCGUGGCUUGUCUGGAGAAAGCAUACGCUGGUGCUGGCCUUGCUGUGACACAGGCUAUUGAGACCGACAUCUUCAAGCUUCAGGUUCCAGUGUCGUCCCAAGCGCCCGCCACCUCUGAGACGCUUCCAGAUGGCCACUCUGACCCUAACGCCGUGGUUCAGCCUGCAUCCGCUUCAAUUCCCGCUGUGGAAUCCGAGAAGUUGCUGCAGCUUGCCACGUCAGCUCAGAUACUCUCGCUGCUGGUCGAAACCCGUAACUUCCUCCGCAGCAUGUGGCUACUAAAGAAGUAUGGCGAUGCUGGGGCCAAAGGCAAAGCCAAAGCAGCCAAGGACGCUGAGAAGAAUGCCAUUCGUGCAACAAACGCGCCAGCUCUGACUGAGACUUAUCAAAGCAAGAUCGCCAAGAUUAUGACGGCUACCGAGGAUGGAGAUAGUCAGCUCAAGAUUUGCAAAGCCCUUGUCGAGCUCAUGACCGUCGACAACGAAGCGAAGGUCGCUAGUGGCGACGAAGACGAGAUUAUGAUGGAGGACGACGAUGACGCCCGUAGCGAGGGUAGUCGCGGCAAGAGUCCUGCUCCGCGUGGCAAGAAGCGCAAGUCGACCGAUGGUCAAGUUGGAACGCCGAAGAAGAGAAGUCGACCGCGAAAGAGCAGCGUUCCUAAG